GCCGGCCCUCACUAUUUCUGAGAGGGUUUUUUGCCUGAAUCUCGGUAGUUUGGGUUUUUCUGGGCUGAAUCUUGGUGUUUUGGAGGUAUUUAUGGACACAGGAUGCCCGGUGAGUUCUAGAGAUGGACUUGGGCAGGAGGAACCCCCAAGCCAACACACUCAGCCCUUGUUUUUACCCCCAUCAGGAUUUCUCCUUCCCAAAACUUGGGCAGAUGGAGGAGGAGGCUGCGAGGAAGAGGAAGAUGCCUUGGGCCCCCCAGGCAGGCCCCGAGCUGAGGACGGAGAGCCCGGAGGACAAAUCCCCCCUUGAGACCCUGGUGGGAGAGGCCGUUUUGAAGGGCUCCCCGGCGCAGGAAGGCAGCGGGGAGGAAAAGGGCCGGAGAUCCCCCCGCAGGGAGAAACCCUUCAAGUGCCUGGAAUGUGGGAAGAGCUUCAGGAAGAGCUUCAACCUUCUCCAGCAUCAGCACAUCCACACUGGGGAGUGGCCCUACCCAUGUGGGGAAUGUGGGAAGAGCUUCAGGAGCAACUCCAACCUGAUCCGACACCAGCACACCCACACUGGGGAACGGCCCUACACGUGUGGGGAAUGUGGGAAGAGCUUCAAGGACAGCUCCACCCUGAGCCAACACCAGAUGAUCCACACUGGGGAACAGCCCUAUAUGUGUAGGGAAUGUGGGAAGAGCUUCAACCAAAGAUCCAACCUCUGCACCCACCAGCGCAUCCACACUGGGGAACGACCCUACUCUUGUGGGGAAUGUGGGAAGAGCUUCAAGGACAGCUCCACCUUGAGCCAACACCAGAUGAUCCACACUGGGGAACGGCCCUACACUUGUGGGGAAUGUGGGAAGAGCUUCAGGCAGAGCUCCCAACUGAUCCGACACAAGCACGUCCACACUGGGGAACGGCCGUAUAUGUGUGGGGAAUGUGGGAAGAGCUUCAACUGCAGAGCCAACCUGAUCCGACACAAGCACGUCCACACUGGGGAACGGCCCUACAAGUGCUUGGAAUGUGGGAAGAGGUUUCAGACCAGCUCAACUCUCCUCAGGCAUGAGCAGACGCACACGGAUGAGAGGCCCUUCCGCUGCACCGACUGCGGGAAGGGCUUCAGUCGGAACUUCACCCUCAUCACCCACCGGCGCAUCCACACCGGGGAGAGGCCCUACAAGUGUGGGGAGUGUGGGAAGAGCUUCAGCCAGAGCUCUUACCUCCGCAUCCACCAGCGCAUCCACACCAGGGAACGGCCCUACAAGUGUGGGGAGUGUGGGAAGAAUUUCACCCAGAGGUCUACCUUGACCUCACACCAACGGACCCACCAAUAAGGGAAGCCCUACCAGUGCCCAGACUGCGGGAAGAGCUUCAGCCAUUGCUUCCACCGCGAAUGAACCCCCUGAUGGUGAGGCAACCCCUGGAGUCCAGUGACUGUCAGUCCAUCCCUUUCCAUCAGAAAGGGCCAGUCCCCUUUCACAGGGGCAGCUUCUUCCAACAGAACCCUUCUUGGGGCAUGUGUGGAGAUUCCUGCCUUGGCUGGGGACCCCCAAGGUCACUGCUGGAGGUUGAGAGCAGAGAUCUCCCCACCAGCGUUGGUCUGGGGGAGUUCCAUCCAUUUCUAAUUAAGAAUUCUUGCUUUUGUGCCAGCUUGAGUAGAAUGGCUUCAACAACUGCUUUAGUGUGGAGCCCUGUCCUAUCUUAUCCUUUACUCCUGGUAGUUUCAGUGUUUCUAUUGUGCAGUAAAUAAUUCU